UGGCGCUAUUACAAGAUGGCAGCGCCCAUGAGCAAAUAUGAAGCUGGAGAUCUGCGUUUGCGUGAUGAUAUUCAUGAAAAUGAAACAAUUUUGGCGCAGACCAGAGUGUGUAAUUUGUGCAUGAAAGUCCAGGCAUCAUACACCUGCCCAAGAUGCAACAUUUCUUAUUGCUCCCUCGCUUGUUACAAGAGUGAGAAACAUGCCGAGUGCUCCGAGUCGUUCUACAAAAACAACUUCAUCCAAGCGCUGAAGGAAACCAAAGGAAGCUCUGAUGAUAAGAAGGCCGUGCUGGAGAUGCUUUCCAGGCUUGAUGCAGAAGAAAUUGCAGAUGACAGCGAUGAUGAUGCCGAUGGCAGUGAAGGGACUGAAAGUCUGGAGAAGAGACUAGCUGGUCUAGAUCUUGACAAUGAGCCAGAUAAAGUCUGGGAGAAGUUGACCAAGCAGGAGAGGCAAGAGUUUGAGGAGGUAGUGCGUGCAGGAGCUAUGGGAUCUAUGCUGGAACAAUGGACUCCCUGGUGGACCAAGCAUGAUAGGGAACUCAUCAGUGAGGUAGUAGAGGAAACACAGAGGAAGAAAGGGUCAAAGGUCACCACCUCUGACCCUCCAAAGCUGCUAGACUCUGUCCCCAGGCUUUCUGAGCUGCUCAAGACACCCCCUUCGCCUCUUAUUGUCUUCAAUAUGAUCAAUGUGCUAUAUUGCUAUGCCUUUGUCGUGAGAUUCUACAAUGGAUCACAUAUGGACAUACCGCUACAUGCAUGCCAGUGCUUUCUAGAAGUGUGCCCUGGAUUGUCGGCUAAUGUCAGUUUUUCAUCGACAGAGGAUGCGAUUGAAAGUGCAAUACAGACCAUUACUCAGCUGAAAUCUGUCUCAAGCGAAAGAAAGCAUCUAGUGUCCCUCAUGCAGGAUGUUAUCCAUAUCAUGCUUGGUAGAAGCAAAUCAUCUCCAUCUUUCUAUGUAGAAUCUGCACUAUCAGACCUUCAUCAGCUUAUCAAACAAGCAAAACUGAUAUACAAAGUGCCAGAAGCAAGUCGCUCUGAUAUCAAAAAAUCAAAAUCAGCGAUGUUCCUAGCCAAGAAGAAGGUGACCUUUUAUCUAGCUUGGGUGAGGGAGAACAGAGGAGUCAUGAAAUUGAAGGCUGCUGAAGUCAAAUUACUGCAUAAAACCAUGGAGAGGGAUUUAGAGAAACACGAGUUGGUGAAGGCUGGGGUAGAGAAAAAUCUUGGAGCAGUGCAGCCUAGAAAAACCAGCAAGCUUAUUGAAGAAAUCAGCUGACCUCUCCAUUAAACAUUUGGCCACGAUGAUGAAGGAAGAACUUUUAUCGAAAUUAGUCAUGAAAUGUAUGGAGUUUAACCUUGAAAGACCAGGCCAUUUUGAUGCCUAUCAAGACUUAGGGGGUGCUGAUUCAGCCCCCUCCCCUCAGAACAUAGCCAUCAACUGAGCAGUUUUGAAAAAAAAUGGCAUGCAUGUUGACCAAGGCAUAAUCAAAACUGGUUAUUCAAACUCACCAUAGAAUCUCUUUAUGUAAACUUAGACAUAAAAUCAUAGGCCCGAAUUCACAAAGGUGGUUUUGAAAACCCACGGUUGAGUCCAUGGUUUAUGCAGAUUUCUUGUAUAAAUUACGCUUAGUUUAGCGCUUAUCGGGCGCGUAUGUAAGAAAUGUCCAAUGCUGAUGCGCGCUUUUGUCACAGUGCGCCAAAUUGACGCCUGUUACCAUGG